ACAUGUUCUUCUCACUCUACAGGUGACAGGUGAAGCCGCUACAUUCGGGAAACACUGAGAAAAAAAGCUUGAGGAUCUUUGACUGAAGCCUUCACAAAACAAUGAAGGACAAACUCCAUUCUGGACAGUUCAGGAGCUUAAGAAUACAGGACAUAAAGGCAUCUUGACCAGCGGAGAGCUUUGAGUUAUCCGAAUACCCUUGUGGCGAGUCAGACAUUUGUAAGGACAUAUUUAUUGAAGAAACAACAGCUUAAUGGAAGGACAUCAGGACAUGUUGCCAUCAUCAUGGCUACUUACAUUUCUGCUGCUGAUGCUGAUGGCACUUACAGGAAGUGUGACCGUAGUGCCAUGGAAACCCUGUACAGAUCUCCAUCCAGUGGACUUGCUGUCUCGAGUGCUGCCCCGUAACGGAGAGGCUCUGUCUGGGGUGCGAAUGGUGCAGGAGGGAGGUGCUCGUGGAAUCCAGUUCUUCCGUCCCACACAGACACUAACCUUUCCAUCGUCUCAGCUCUUUGUUAACUGCCCUCACUUCCCUGCAGAGUUCUCCAUUGUGGCCACUGUAAAAAUGCCCCACACCAGAGUAAAGAGGAAUGAGUACCUGCUUGCUGUGGUGAAGGAGGAUGUCAAUCAGCUGCUACUUGGCCUGCGUUUCUCUAAAGAGAAGGUCCAUCUCAUCUAUCAGGGCUCAACGGGGAAAGAGCGUCUCAGCUUUAAAAGAGUCCGUCUGGCAGAUAACCACUGGCACAGCAUAGUGUUAGCCGUCAGCGGUCACCAUGCCACCCUCACCCUUGACUGCGGCAUCCCACUGGAACUGAUCCAUAAACAGCCGUUUCCCUCUGAUCUCAGCACUGGAGGCUCCAGGUUUCACAUUGGAAGUCGGAGGAAGUGGAAAGGCCUGUUUUCUGGUUUGCUGCGCCAGCUCGUCUUGCUGCCUGGAUCCGAUGCGACGUCACGUGUUUGCCCUUCGUCCACACCAUCACUUGUUGAGCUUUCAGUUCCUACAUUUCUGUCAAACUUGCCAGUGAUAUCCCACAUGAAUGACGUCCUGGUUCCUCCAUAUGAGACGGAGGUUCGGGUGACUCUGGGAUCUAAACCAGCAUGCACUGCGGCGGAGCAGGGACAGCUCUGGUUUGACACUCUCAAAAGAGGGCUCUUCCUGUGUGACGGUGCAUACUGGCACUCAAUGUUGCAAGACAAAGACCGACUGGACUAUGUGGAUGAUCACCAGGACCUGUAUACCAGCUCCGAAACGCUGGAUAUUGAGCUCUUCCAGAUCCCCUCUGUGGGCCUGUUUGCUGCUAUGGCUCAUCGGGCCACCAAACCAGGCUCUGGCAUUUACCGCUGGAGCCACGGACACUUCCAGCUCUACCAGAACAUCAGCACUUUCAAGGCCCAGGCCUGGAAACAGUUCACUAUAGGAAGGAAGAUGUUUUUGGCCGUGUCGAACUCUAUGGGCCGUGCAGAAGGAGAGCCGGAGCUGUCUGUGGUUUAUAGGUGGAGUAAUAAGAGGCUGAAGUUUGUGCCCUAUCAGACUCUAGAGACACACAGCGCUCGCGACUGGGAGGCCUUUGAGAUUAAUAAUGAAGCUUUUUUGGCUGUGGCUAACCACCGGACAGAGAAUGGUAAUCACAACAUUGACAGUGUUGUUUAUAAGUGGAACCCAGGAACCAAGAUGUUUGAGGUGAACCAGACCAUCUUGACAUCAGGAGCUUAUGACUGGGAAUUUUUCACUGUAGGGCCCUAUCACUUCCUAGCAGUGGCCAAUGCUUUUGAUGGCACCUCCACCCAAACAGAUUCAUCCAUCUAUAUCUGGCUUGGUGGAGCCUUUCAAGUCUUUCAGACUAUAAGGACAUUCGGAGCUACAGACUGGGAAAUGUUUCAGAUCGGAAACCGAGUUUUCCUAGCAGUUGCCAAUGGUCAUAUGCUGUGUGAGAAAGGACCGAGCCUCUACACCAUCAACUCAACUAUAUAUGAGCUUGAUAUGACAACUAAGAUGUUCCUCAAGUUCCAAGACAUUGUAACAUACAGUGCGGUGGACUGGGAAUUCUUUACGGUUGGAGACGAACAUUUCUUAGUCGUAGCCAACUCGUAUGAUGGAUCGUCCUACUCUUUGAACAGUGUUAUAUACAGAUGGCAGGGGUAUGAGGGUUUUGUCCCUGUUCAUCGGUUGCCUACCAUCGGAUGCAGCGACUGGGAGUUCUUCACCUCCGCGGAGGGUUCUUAUCUGAUGUACUCCAGCGCCAAAGCUCCUCUUUCCAAAGUCUUCAAGCUCAGGAUCCACUGACGACACAAACAUUGUUCAGCUUUUGCAUAUUCAUAAGCCACAGAGCUUAACAGAACUGAUUCAUUUACUCUUGUCUCCUUUGAACCACCGACAAUUUGACCAGAAGCUUUUUUAAAGUCAAUCAAACCGGCUGAAUCUGGAGUUUGAUAUACUUUCUGAAAACUACCUCAGUCUGCAUAAAAAGAUUCAAUGGAAACUUUAAGUGAAUCUCGGUUUCGAUAAAUAAAAAUUUAUCGGCAAAAUAAGCAACAUCUAGGCUCUGUGCAUCUUUUAUUUACAACGGCACUUUCCAUCAAUAGAGUACACAUGUUUGUGGAGAGCGCCAUACAAUGUUUAUUGAUUACAGAUUUAACCAAAUAUGUAAAAUAAAGUAAUAAUGCUAUUUAUAUGUAUAAUAUUUGUAUAUUACCUCUUGUUCU